ACAGACAGCUUACAAUGUGGAGGACUUGCGCGAUAUUCGCCAUCAUUGCCGCGUGCGUCGCGCUCCCCGCACAAGACACAGGCCCCACAAUAAACGACACGGAAAGCAUCACUGAUUGCCUUAAAAAAGAAUCAACAUCAUGUUUAAAAUACAAAUUCUUCUCGUACCUAGACAAAGUCAUCGGACAAAAGGAAACCUUCCCGUUAUCAGAUGGAGUCACAGUUGUAAGAGCUAAUGAUGCGCCAGUGGAUUUCGGAGCGCCAAGAUCAUUAGAUCCCGUUUCAAGAUUGAAAAGAUAUUUGGAAACUCACGCGAUUCGUGUUGAAGUCAAAGGUUCGGAUGUUAUCGAUGCGGUAUCCAGUGCGGGACGUGCCUUCGAAGAUACAGUGUCGAGUUUAACAGAAGAUAAUGAGGUCACGGAAGAAGGAAGAGGUAAGAAGAAGAAAGCUGCUAAAAUCUUCGGACCGUUGAUCGCCGCUGUGAUGUUGAAGAUGAUGGCUAUACUGCCAUUAGCGAUUGGAGCGAUUGCAUUGAUAGCAGGGAAGGCAUUGUUAAUAGGAAAACUGGCAUUAGUUCUCUCCGCAGUGAUAGGAUUGAAGAAAUUGCUAUCACAACAGAAGCACGUGACUUAUGAGGUGAUUGCUCAUCCACAUCAUACAUCCAGUCACACAUCAAGUCAUGAUUAUGGCGGUACAAGUGGCUACGGAGGUGAUACUGGUGGUUACAGUAGCGGUGGAGGUCAUGCAAGCGGAUGGGGACGUUCCAUUGAAUCGCAAAGCUUAGCAUAUUCCGCGCAAAAACCUCAAUAGCUCGCCCCAGUUCAAUGACCUCGUUCCCGUGACGAUUUCUCUACGUCCUCUCGAUGUUUAUUUAUUGUUUGUUGUGUGAAUGUGUUUUGAUACAGUUUAUUUAUUUUGACUGAUUAUUUAAGCUUUCAAUUAUUUGCCAUUGAUAGCAAAAGUCACUAUUCUCUUCUUGGUAUGCCUUAUAGGCAUUUUGUAAUUAUAUUUAUAGUAUAUUUUAUAUAUGUAGUAAUUUUAUGUAUUAUACGCCUAAGAUUAUGUACAAUUAUUUAGUAUCUUAAUUUAUGUAUAGCAAUAGUAGCGUUUAUAUGGUUUCCUUGACCUGUACUUGGCUUUAAUUUUUUAAUUACAAUUUAAGUAUAUAGAAGACUUAUUUAUUAUUAUGUACAGCUAAUUAUUUAUACAUUAUAUCUUAUAUACCUUUCCACGGGUUGUAUUUGCAAAGAUUUUCCUUUAGUAAUUAUUUUAUUGUAUUUUUGUUGCAUUGUUUAAUGUUAUUU